CCUGGCAGACACCAUACCCUGCAUGUGCACUCAGUAGUAAAAGGCAGGCUGGGGAAUGACUCCUGAACAGGAGGAUCUCUGACCUAGAAGUGGCUCAUGAUGGAUGGUCAUGAAAGUGGGUCUGGCACGGAGGAGCGAAGAGCACGGAGCCACGCGUUUAACUUCACUGUUUCGUCAGUUUGUCAGUUGUUAAGUUUGUGCCAUAAUCAUUUUACAGCAAAGGCAGUCUCUGUAGCACAGCAGAAGGUUCUCGUGGCGAGUUACACGGUGAAUGGAGACUAGAGUGCCGUAACAAACUAACAGCACUUCCUCCCCAGAUUAUCCGCCGGGAGUGCCCAGGAGACACCUCCGUAGCCUCCAAAAGACGAAGCCCGUUUCUUUUACUGCGGAGAUGAAGGCAGCAGGUAUUGAGAACCUGCCAUUUGAAUUGCAGAGAAACUUCCAGCUCAUGCGAGACCUGGAUCAGAGGACAGAAGACCUCAAGUCGGAGAUCGAUAAGUUGGCCACAGAGUAUAUCAGCAAUGCACGGACUUUGUCUUCGGAGGAAAAACUGGGGCUUCUCAAGCAAAUCCAGGAGGCCUAUGGGAAAUGCAAGGAAUUUGGGGACGACAAGGUUCAGCUGGCUAUGCAGACCUAUGAGAUGGUUGAUAAGCACAUCCGUCGGCUGGACACAGACCUCGCUCGCUUUGAAGCAGACCUGAAGGAGAAGCAGAUAGAGUCGAGUGACUAUGACAGUUCUUCCAGCAAGGGCAAGAAGAAGGGCCGAGCCCAAAAAGAGAAGAAAGCUGCCCGUGCUCGCUCUAAAGGGAAAAACUCUGAUGAGGAAGCACCAAAAGCUACCCAAAAGAAACUGAAGCUUGUCCGCACUAGCACAGAGUAUGGGAUGCCUUCAGUCACCUUUGGAAAUGUGCACCCUUCGGAUGUAUUGGAUAUGCCAGUCGAUCCCAAUGAGCCUACUUACUGCCUCUGCCACCAGGUUUCCUAUGGGGAGAUGAUUGGCUGCGACAACCCAGAUUGUUCCAUUGAAUGGUUUCAUUUUGCCUGUGUGGGUCUGACAACAAAACCAAGAGGAAAAUGGUUCUGCCCUCGCUGUUCCCAGGAGAGGAAGAAGAAGUAAAAUCCCAUGAGCCCUAAGUCCUGCUGCAGGAGCUUUCUUCCCCCUGUCAGGGCCUCGUCCCAGCUCCCCCAGCCCUUGAGGCCUUGGCUGGGGGGAGUCUUGCCCUGUUUGUGGUUUGGGCCCUCCCUGGAAUGGUGUGUACCCUCACGGUGGCUUCUGUGUUCUGUAUCCCUGGGUGCUUCCGAAUCCCUAAGAAAAGCCCUCUCUGUGUACUAUUCCAAACAGGUCUCUGAGCCUCAAAGGGAAUGAAUGAGGGCACCAGGGUAGCCACCAGAUUCCCAGGGAUUCAGGUAGCCCCUGAUUUUCCUUCGCUUUCCUUCAGCCUCCUCAGAGUUCAUUGCCUACUCUCUGCUUAGAGAACAAGGCUAUGGGAUGGGGGAAGGAAAGGAGGUAAGUCUUCAGCAUUUUAGGUCUUUGAUUUUCCUGGAUUUUUUUCAGGAGAGAGGGAGUAACCAGGCCACUUCUUAAUCUAGUGGGCUGGUUGAGAGACUGCAAACCUAAUGUACUCCCUAUCUUUAAUCAUUCCACUACUGGCAUUGAGCAGCCUCUUUUGUUGGGGAGAGCAGGAGGAAGAGAGAGUGUUUAGAACUAGCUUUGUCUCUCUUAUUCCUGGGGUAAAACCUGCGGGUCUGGGAAACACAUAGUGUGAAGGAGGAAGAAUUUCUGACCACACAGGGAGAAACGGCUUGAUCUAGCCUGUCUUCCAGCUCCAAAAUUCUGCCUUCCUUAUUGUGCAGUGGUGCUUCUCCAUUAUGUUGAUGAUGGGAAGUUUGGGGAUUCAGAUCCCACUUGUAUAAUACAGAGUUAAAUAAAGUUCAUUGAAACAAA